AUGGCAUUGGAUCGCGAUAGCUUCAACCGCCAGUCACUUGGCCCUUCGCUCAAUGCGAAUGUCAAGGAGGCGCGCGUCUUGAUGGUUGGUGCCGGUGGUAUUGGAUGCGAACUACUCAAGAACCUCGUCCUCACCGGCUUUGGUGAAGUUCAUAUCGUCGACCUCGAUACCAUCGACCUUAGCAAUCUGAACCGCCAAUUCCUCUUCCGACACGAACAUAUCAAGAAAUCGAAAGCUCUGGUUGCGAAAGAGGCAGCGCACCGGUUCAACCCUAACGUAACUAUCGUUGCGCACCACGCGAAUAUCAAGGAUGCGCGAUUCAACGUCGAGUGGUUUCGGGGAUUCAAGCUUGUAUUCAAUGCCUUGGAUAACCUGGAGGCCAGACGUCACGUUAACCGAAUGUGCCUGGCAGCCGAUGUUCCCUUGAUCGAGAGUGGGACGACAGGCUUCAAUGGUCAGGUUCAGGUCAUCAAGAAGGGUGUAACGGCUUGCUACGACUGCACAGCCAAGGAAGCACCGAAAUCUUUCCCCGUUUGCACGAUCCGAAGCACCCCCAGCCAGCCGAUUCAUUGCAUCGUUUGGGGCAAGAGUUAUCUUCUGAACGAGAUUUUCGGUACCAGCGAAGACCAAUCCGUUUUCGAUCAUUCCGCAGACAGGGACAAUGCGGAGGAAAUAGCGGAACUGCAAAAGGAGUCCGAGGCGCUGAGAAAAAUUCGAGCGUCAGCCGGCACAGAGCAGUUCUCCCAAAUGCUGUUUGACAAGGUCUUCAACGCAGACGUCACGCGAUUGCUCUCAAUGAAGGAGAUGUGGAAGCACAGAAAGCCUCCUCAGCCUUUGAAAUACGAGGAUCUUCUGGCUCAGUCAUUAGUAGCUGCUGCCGCGAAGGACGCCGUCGUCGGGGAUGACCAGAAGGUCUGGUCUUUGGAAGAAAACUUGGUCGUUUUUAAUGACAGCCUAGAUCGUCUCAGCAAGCGUGUGUUGGAGCUAAGGAAGCAGCAUGGCGCAAACUCACCGCAGUCCACGAUUACGUUCGACAAAGACGACCAAGAUACGCUGGAUUUCGUCACCGCGAGUGCCAACAUUCGAUCCCAUCUUUUUGGCAUUGAUCGCAAGUCGCGCUUUGAUAUCAAGCAGAUGGCUGGCAACAUCAUUCCCGCCAUAGCUACUACCAACGCUAUCGUGGCUGGUCUGUGUGUCCUCGAGGCCUUCAAAGUCCUUAGAGGGGAGUUUGAUAAGGCACAAGAGGUUUACUUGACUCCGUUCGCGAACCAGAGACUAUUGGCACCAGAUCGACCUUGUGCACCCAAUCCUGACUGCCCGGUGUGUGGCAACUACCAGAGCAGCAUCUAUGUUGACCUUGAACGGGCAACCCUCAACGACUUCGUGGAGGACUUUGUCCGGUUACAAUUGGGCUACGGCGACCGAGAAUUCGCAGUGAACAGCGAGGCCGGUCUGCUUUACGACCCUGGCGAGACCGACAAUUUGGAGAAGAAACUCAGUGAACUUGGUGUCAUACAAGACAGCUUCGUCACCAUCGUCGAUGAGGAAGAUGAGGACACGUUCGUCAACGUGGUUCUGAACGUCCAGGGUCAGCAGUCUCCCGCAGACAAGCCUAUCAAGGGUAUUGGGCCGGACAAGGCGCCUAGCAUCCCUCGCAAGCCCAAAAAGGAGCCUGUCCUGGAAAGUAACGGAGUCGUCCAGACUAAUGGCAAGCGCGUCGCUGAUGCUGAAACUCCUGCAACCAAUAUGAAGCGACCCAGAGCAGGCGAUUCCGGCGAACCGCAGGCCAAAAAGGCCAAGACGGUUACAGCCGCCAACGACGAUGAUGUUCUCAUCGUAGAAGAUGAUGCUGGAACCGGGGCCAUUAUUAUCGACGAUGAUUAG